CCGGGGCAGGCAGGAUCAGGGCCCCAGUCAUGGAGUGUGAGGCUGAAGCCGGGCUGCUGAAUGAUGCUGCCAGGCUGGAAAAUACCAGAGCAACGAAGCUGUUGAGUCAUUUGUGACCAAGAUUAGCCGUGCAAACAGCCGACCCGUGGCUCAGACUAUGGGCCUGAGCUGCUGGAAUCUCUGAGGCUCAGCAGAAAGGAUCUCAGAGAAAGCAUAGUGCUGACUGCUUUACAAACGCAGGCCUGGGGCCCCGGCCAGCCGGCUGCUAUAUAACCAGAGGCGCUGGAGCAGGCAGAUAUUACAUGGAGGAAGCAGCAGUGCAGGCUGAGCUAGGCACCGGCCCUGCAGCAAAGAUGGCUCAGACCAACCCUCUGCCUGGCCCCACAGGCCCGUGGAAGAUCACAGCCUACGACCAAGAAAACUUCCAGGGAAAGAAGAUGGAGUUCACCUCGGCCUGCCCCACCAUCAUCGAGUGCGGUUUCGAGAACAUCCGCUCCCUGAAAGUGGAAAGUGGCGCCUGGAUCGGUUAUGAGCACACCAGCUUCUGCGGGCAGCAGUUUAUCUUGGAAAGGGGAGAAUACCCACGGUGGGAUGCCUGGAGUGGGAGCAACGCCUACCACACCGAGCGCCUGAUGUCCUUCCGCCCCAUCUGCUGUGCUAAUCACAAGGAGUCCAAGAUGACAGUCUUUGAGAAGGAGAACUUCAUAGGACGCCAGUGGGAACUAUCGGACGACUACCCCUCCCUGCAGGCAAUGGGCUGGGGAAACAAUGAAGUGGGCUCCAUGAAGGUGCAGCGUGGCGCCUGGGUUUGCUACCAGUAUCCUGGUUACCGUGGCUACCAGUACAUUUUGGAGAGCGACCAUCACGGUGGAGAUUACAAGCACUGGAGAGAGUGGGGCUCACACGCCCAGACCUUCCAGGUCCAGUCUAUUCGGCGUGUCCAGCAGUAGAUGUUUGUGUUCACACUCUCCUCUUUCAAGAGCGUCUUCACUGGAUUUCUAAAGCACUCUGAUCCUUAUGGUGCUAACACUUCCCCUUCCAAAACAGAUUCCUUUCUUGUACUGUGACUGCUGUUGGGACAUCACUUCUUUAUGGUACUAAUUGCUGCAAUUACCAAUAAAUGUCACUGAAAGAAAA